AGAUAAGCGUAAAUGCAAGCUUGUCGGCUAACAUCUAUCGGAGCACGUUGUGCAUCCAAUGCACACAAGACUGUUCCGAGAGCAAAGUCUACUUCCUCGUUGGUCUCCUUGAGAGACACGAAGGGAAAACGUCAGUCACAGUCGGUCGUUGCAGGAAGAUGUAUGUCAACUGCUGCGGCUGCUGAAAAACCACCAAAGACUACAUUCGGCCCUUUACACGAUGACGACAGAAUAUUCACCAACUUGUAUGGACGUCAUGACUGGAGAAUGAAAGGAGCAAUGGAGAGGGGAGACUGGUACAAGACAAAGGAGAUUGUUCUAAAGGGCAAGGAGUGGAUUCUGACUGAGAUGAAGAAGAGUGGUCUCCGAGGAAGAGGUGGUGCUGGAUUCCCCACUGGACUGAAGUGGAGCUUCAUGAACAAACCAGACGACGGCAGGCCUAAAUACUUGGUUGUGAAUGCGGAUGAGGGUGAGCCAGGGACAUGUAAAGACAGAGAGAUCAUGAGACAUGAUCCCCACAAGUUGGUAGAAGGUUGUCUGGUGGCGGGUGUGUCGAUGGGGGCCAGGGCAGCCUACAUCUACAUCAGGGGAGAGUUCUAUGCUGAGGGAACCAACAUGAACGUCGCAAUCCAAGAGGCAUACAAAGCUGGUCUGAUUGGGAAGAAUGCUUGUGGGUCUGGGUAUGACUUUGAUAUCUACAUGCACAGAGGGGCAGGGGCCUAUAUUUGUGGAGAGGAGACUGCCCUCAUCGAGAGUCUAGAAGGGAAGCAAGGCAAGCCCCGUCUCAAGCCUCCUUUUCCCGCUGACAUCGGACUGUUCGGAUGUCCGACGACAGUGGCUAAUGUGGAAACGGUCGCUGUCGCACCUGCUAUCUGUCGACGUGGUGGAGACUGGUUUGCCGGAUUUGGCCGGCCUCGAAAUUCCGGCACGAAAUUGUUCUGCAUUUCGGGACACGUGAACGCUCCAGUCACAGUUGAGGAAGAGAUGUCCAUUCCCCUGAAGGAGCUAAUUGAGAGACAUGCAGGAGGUGUAGUGGGUGGAUGGGACAAUCUGCAGGCCAUCAUACCUGGAGGAUCCUCUGUGCCUCUUCUUCCUAAGAGCAUCUGUGAUGACGUCAUGAUGGACUUCGAUGCCCUUGUGGAUGUGCAGAGUGGUCUGGGCACUGCGGCCAUCAUUGUGAUCAAUAAACAGUACGACAUUGUGCAGGCCAUCGCCAGACUAAUCACUUUCUACAAACACGAGAGCUGCGGACAGUGCACCCCCUGCAGAGAAGGUACAACAUGGCUGGACAAGACAAUGGCCAGGUUCGUGAGCGGUAAUGCGAAGCCACAGGAGAUAGACAUGUUGUGGGAAUUGACCAAGCAGAUUGAGGGGCACACCAUCUGUGCACUCGGAGAUGCAGCCGCUUGGCCAGUACAGGGACUGAUUCGUCACUUCAGACCUGAGCUAGAGAGGCGCAUGGCAGAAUUUGAACAGGCGAAGGGCAAAAGCACCAAACAGACAGCCGCAGCCUCCCACUGAAGUGUACAAGAACCAUAAUGAUGAUGAAUUGAUUUGUAUUGCACUGCAUUGUACCAUCGCUGGGCUACGACUGACUGACUAACUUGAGCAGAUAGUAGAUGAAAAACAAUCUUGUUCAAAUGAAUAUAAUUAGUUUAGAUUAGACAACUA